AUGAUCCACAAAACAUUUCUUUACAGCUUCUUAGAGCGUGUGCGACCGAUGAAGCACAAUGGGAACUGUAUAAGUCAACUGUUGUGCUUCCGACGAUAUGGCUCGAAAGAUCGCCAUGAACCAAACUUGAGUGAAAUCCUGGAUGACUGGAAUGGGAAGAGAAGAAGUGACACGUCCGAGACGUCUUCGGACCUUCAAACGUACAGAAAGGGAAUCUCCAUUUCAGCACCGCGUCUAAUGAAUUUCCAGUCACCGAUGAACCACUCAAUCUCAAAAACGAAAGAUUCAACUCCUCCAAUAAGCAGUUUACCUGCUGCAGUAACGCUCUCAUCGCUCGUUAAAACCCUGGCCCAACUUGAAAAACAGCAACACCACUACGAAAUACAUCGCCUGUUCACGAAAUACAAAGCUGCAAUUCCUGACUUUCGAAGAAAUUGCUCUUCAGAAUUAUAUGCCACGUUUCUCAGCAUCGUGCUCCAGACAGAAUUUGUUUUACACCAUUAUGUGACUUGCGAGUCUUUAUUUUCAGAGUACAUCAAAUCCCCUAACAUCAAAUCUGGCCUUGUGGAUGUUGGGCUGGUGACGUUCUUGAAAAACAGGAAUCUACCGCUGGCUACAGAGUUCUACCUCCAGAUACUUAAAGAUCCAGAGACUUUCUUCGUAUCACCAAACACUUUGCAUGUUUUUGCUCUGGAAGUAUUCAAAGUCUCCGAUCUGGCUCUCAUGAAACAAAUCAUGUAUUCAUGGCUUGAUAGCCCUGAAAUGUCGCAACUUACUCCAUUAAACGGCACGUUUGCGCUUUUUCAUCGGCUUCUUCUGAAAUUCGAUGACUCGGAUGGGGCAUCUCGCUUUCUUUCACAUCCACGGGUGACCGUCACCAAUUACGCCGCUAGCGACGACUUUGCAGCUUGCAUUUUCCAUCAUAGACUUUUUACCGGUGAGCUAUCAACUAUUCAGGAUAUCGAUCAGAACCUACAAGAAGCCCUCAGUACCACGAACAAUGCUAGAAGGCUUGACUUCUACAUCGAGAUUCUAAAACAUGGGAUUUCUAAAAACGACUUCUCAUUGGUACGUUUCGCUACCCAAAAAGCUCAGGAAGAUAGUAAUGUCGAACUCGGAGAUGACUUUCACAAACAUGUGUGCCAUUAUUUUGUCAAAAACGGUCUUCUAGAGGUGUUAGUACGUUACUUGACAGACAUAGUCCAAGAUAAACCCGAGAACUACCUCAAUCACACAUAUGUGGAACAGCUCUGGAGCUGUGCAUUGCGCAAAUAUCCCAUUUUAUCGAACGAAAUCACCAACGAUUUUUGUCUUCUUUUAGAUCGUGAGAAAUCGAACCUUAACCAAAGUGAUUGGCGUAUUCAGUUUGUGAGCGAGAAAAUACGAAAUCAUUUGUUCAGGGCUGAAAAUAAGAAGAGUCGUCUCUCAAGUUAUGUCUCAUUGGGCUCCCAUUUCAGCACGGAAUGCGCCAAAGCUAUACAAGCCGCAUUAUCAAGUGGCGAUGCAAUAAUGGCUCGCUCUAAGAUACUCGACGAGCUUCAGCACGGUAUGAAACCCAGCUUUUCUGUGUUAUACUCGGUGCUGAAAGUUUUCAUGGAAGAUGAUGUCGAAGCUGCCAGGUCGGUUGAUCACAUAAUGCGUGAAACGUACCCGAAAAUUCCGACAAAAGUCGAUAUCCUUUGGCUGAAGCAGAACUCGAGACAAUCUCUCAGUUUCGUUGAUAAAAACAACUUAGGGUCGGUUGCCAAAGUUCAGGCUGCACGGGUAGCCGUCACCAACGUCAAAGACUUUGAGAGAGAAAGACGGUCGACUCUCAAUUUUCAGAAUUACAUGCAGCUUUCGAGCAUUUUCCUUUCAUUGAGAGAUACGAAGGCUGCCACUCAAACAUUAGAAAGUGGCAGAAGCCUCAUGGAUCCAUCUAGUGAGAGGGAGUGGUAUAUUUAUUAUUCGACUGCGCUGAAGGUCUACACAAGAGCCCAGGACCCGGAGAAGUUUUUGACGCUACUGCGGGAAUGGAACGACAAUGGCGAGGCACAAUUCAUAACCCGUGACACCCUUCGCUCCUGUAGAGGUUUCAUCAAAUAUUUCACGAAGUAUCGAGCAACUGAAGACCUUCCUACUGCCGGGCCCGAACUCUUGUCCCAGAUAAACAAGGAAAUGGACGCACUUCUGGCAAGAUACGUCAAUUAUAAAUUCCAGGGACUUAAUGACAUGCGCAUGGUCAUUCAGUUCCUUACUAACUGGAUACACACCGAUUCACAGGGCCGUUCGCUUUACCAACAUAGCAUACAACAGGAUUUACACCAAUUCCAAACUGCAACAAAGGCUCCCCCUGUCAAAUCGGAAAAGAAAAUGAACCCGCACUGA